ACAGCGACUCCGUGGUAGGCGACAUCCGUUGCUAUGGCGCUCUGCACUGCGCAGCAUGGCUGCUCCCGAUUGGCUGAAGCGUCCCAGGGGGCGGGGGAAGAAUUGUUGGCAUUGGCCUGGCCAACGCCGGUUAGCGGCCUGGAGGAGGAUUUGAUUGGAAAACCAACGGUGUGGCUGGCCGCGGUGUCUCUGAGGUUGAGGGGACUGGGAAUAGGCUGGGGGAGGACGGGACAGGCUGAGACUGGACGGGACCCUCGAUAUGCAACAGCAGGUGACAGCAGCAGGGACAAUGAGAAGGACGGUUUGGAGACUGGCGGCGUAAGGAGGGACCAUCCCUCCGGCGCGGAAUGCAAUGUUAAUUCAGGGGCACUGAUGUUUUACAAUGCCUGAUCAAGACGAAAAGGUGAAGACCACAGAAAAAUCAACUGAUAAAAAACAGCAAGAACUCACCACCAGGGACUAUUCAGAUCUUAAAAGACUCCGGUGCCUUUUGAACGUCCAAUCAAGCAAACAACAGCUUCCAGCCAUUAACUUCGAUAGUGCCCAAAAUAGCAUGACGAAGUCUGAGCCCACCAUCAGGGCGAGUGGACACAGAGCUCGAGGUCUGUGGCACGAGUCCACAGAAGCUGUUGAACUUGAAAAUUUUAGUAUAAACUACAAGAAUGAGAGAAAUUUCAGCAAACAUCCCCAGCAUAAACUAUUUCAGGAGAUCUUUACCGCCUUGGUGAAAAAUAGACUCAUAUGCAGAGAGUGGGUUAAUCGAGCCCCAUCUAUUCAUUUUCUGAGAGUGUUAAUCUGUCUGAGGCUGCUAAUGAGGGAUCCAUGCUAUCAGGAAAUACUCCAUAGCUUGGGUGGGAUUGAAAAUCUGGCUCAGUACAUGGAGAUUGUAGCAAAUGAGUACCUCAGCUAUGGAGAAGAGCAGCACAGUGUGGACAAGCUGGUCAACAUGACAUAUAUUUUUCAAAAACUUGCUGCGGUCAAAGAUCAAAGAGAAUGGGUCACCACAAGCGGAGCUCACAAGACAUUAGUAAACUUACUUGGUGCCCGAGAUACUAAUGUUCUAUUGGGUUCCCUUCUGGCUCUGGCUAGUUUAGCAGAAAGUCCAGAAUGUAGGGAGAAGAUAAGUGAACUGAACAUUGUAGAAAAUCUGUUGAUGAUUUUACAUGAAUAUGACUUGCUUUCUAAAAGACUAACAGCGGAGUUGCUGCGCCUGCUCUGUGCGGAACCCCAGGUGAAAGAGCAGGUGAAGCUCUACGAGGGGAUACCUGUCCUCCUCAGUCUGCUCCACUCUGACCACCUGAAGCUGCUCUGGAGCGUCGUCUGGAUUCUGGUCCAGGUUUGUGAGGACCCUGAGACCAGCGUGGAAAUUCGCAUUUGGGGAGGCAUCAAACAGCUUCUUCAUAUUUUACAAGGAGACAGAAAUUUUGUUUCUGAUCGCUCCUCCAUUGGAAGCCUGUCCAGUGCAAACGCUGCAGGCCGAAUCCAGCAGCUUCAUUUAUCAGAAGACUUGAGCCCGAGGGAAAUACAGGAAAAUACUUUCUCUCUUCAAGCAGCCUGCUGUGCUGCCCUCACUGAGCUGGUACUCAACGACACCAAUGCCCACCAGGUGGUUCAGGAAAAUGGUGUAUAUACAAUAGCAAAAUUAAUUUUACCAAAUAAACAAAAGAAUGCAGCAAAAACUAAUCUAUUACAGUGUUAUGCUUUCAGAGCCUUGAGGUUUCUCUUCAGUAUGGAAAGAAACAGACCACUCUUUAAAAGACUUUUCCCCACAGACUUGUUUGAGAUCUUCAUUGACAUAGGACAUUAUGUACGUGAUAUCAGUGCUUAUGAAGAAUUGGUAUCGAAGUUGAAUUUAUUAGUGGAGAAUGAACUGAAGCAAAUUGCUGAAAAUAUUGAGAGCAUUAAUCAGAACAAAGCUCCUUGGAAAUAUAUAGGCAACUAUGCGAUUUUGGAUCAUCUUGGAAGUGGAGCUUUUGGCUGUGUUUACAAGGUUAGAAAGCGUAGUGGUCAAAAUCUUUUAGCAAUGAAAGAGGUCAAUUUACAUAACCCAGCAUUUGGAAAGGAUAAGAAGGAUCGAGACAGCAGCGUAAGGAACAUUGUUUCUGAAUUAACAAUAAUAAAAGAACAGCUUUAUCAUCCCAACAUUGUACGUUAUUACAAAACAUUUCUGGAAAAUGAUAGGUUGUACAUAGUUAUGGAGCUUAUAGAAGGAGCCCCGCUUGGAGAGCAUUUCAGUUCUUUGAAGGAGAAACAGCACCAUUUUACGGAAGAAAGACUAUGGAAAAUAUUUAUACAGCUGUGCUUAGCUCUUCGAUACUUACACAAGGAGAAGAGGAUUGUCCAUAGAGAUCUGACACCAAACAACAUUAUGUUGGGGGAUAAGGACAAAGUAACAGUUACUGACUUUGGCCUGGCAAAGCAAAAACAAGAAAACAGUAAACUCACGUCUGUUGUUGGAACAAUCCUGUAUUCUUGGUCUUCCUCCGAUGCCAAAGAACAAAAUUACACACCAUCUUCAACUGCAUUUUCAGAGAAGAUUUUAGAGCUUGAGGCUCUGGGAAACAUUUUCAGCUACUUCACAGAACGUAUAUGGGAUUUAUGAAGCUAGCAUGAUAUAGAAAAUAUAUACAAUAAAAGUUUUCCAAUAAAAAUGGAAAACUUCAACUAUUCCUGGAAUGGGAAUUAUUACUCCGUUGCUUGGUAAAUCCCAUUCAUAUUAUGACAGUAGAUAAUUAGAAGAGAAGCUCAUGAUGUUUAAAUUGGUUGGAUCAAAAUAAACCUAUAGGUAAACCUGGAUAAGUAGAGACAAAGUGAAGCAUGCCUAUUAACAGGACUUCUUAAAUUCUUUUAAAAAUUAUUUUUUUUUUUGUAUAAAGUUGAUAAAAUUCUUAAGAAAGCUAUAACACAUCCAAAAUUUUGAGAAUUUUAGGUUGCUUAAAACACUAAGACCAAGCCCUCAGUAUGGCCACAAGCAGACAACCUUGCAUGCUCUGGCCUCUGCCAAGUACUUCAGGUUUACCACAACAAAACUCUAACAAUUCCUAGUUCCAUCUGGGCUCCCUUUGACCACAGGGCCUUUGCACAUGCAUCUCCCUUUACCUGGAAUGCUCUUUUCCUCUUGUCAUCUGGUUAAUUGUUACCUUCCUUCAGGUGAACCCCUUUAGACAAGGUGUAUUUCCUCUGAUCUACGUACUCCAUGUACUUCUCCUUCACACAGCUGAACUGUUUGUUGAUUUUUCCAUAAGCAGUGAUGAUUGUGUUCAUUGCAAUCCCCAGCAGUCCUGAGUCUGGCACUUUAAAACUCACUAGUAAUUUUUGCUACAUGAAUGGUCCAGUAUUUGCAUGAUUAUAAACAUUCCUGGAAAGAACAUAUUACUAAGAAAAUUGUUUCUUUUUGUUGUAACAAAUUUUUAAUUCCCUAUCCUACCCGCUUUUGCUGUUCCUUCAGAUCUCCAAAAUGCUCCUCCUUGGAAUGCUCUUCCUUCACACAACUGCAGAGUUUACUUCUUUACUUCGUUCUGCUCUUUGUUUAAAUGCCACGUAUGUAGAGAGGAUUUCCCUGAUCACCUGCCCAAAUAGCAACCUCCUUUCAGACCCUGUCCCUGUAUCCUGCUUUAUUUUUUCGUAGCCCUUGCUCCUACCUGACCGUAUAUUGUACUUGAGUUGGCUGACAGUGCGUCUACUACAGCACAAGCUCCAUGAGCACUGGACUUGCAUCUCCUUUGUUCACUGCUCCUAGGUUCCCCAGGACCUACAGGAGUUGACUGGCAGAAUCCUAAGAAAUACUUUGAAUAAUUGAAGUGAAAACAAGUCUUUUUUUUCCAUAUGAAUAUGAUAAAAAUCAGUGUGUAUUCUUAUUGGGUUCUAAUAUAUCUUUGAACUUCUCUGAUUUUUACCCUAAGAAAGCCUGAAGAAAAUGCUUUUCAUUUGAGAUAGUAAGUACUGUGAAGACAGGGUCUAUUUUAUUUUUCUUCUGUUUGCUUGUUUUAUCUUUAUAUGUUAUGUAAUUACUAGAACAGGGAGUAAAUGCGAUCAAGUAGGAUGUUAUCAUUUUAACAAAAUAAAAUGCGGAAGGAUUAUAAAUUAUAGAAAUAUAUAUUCUUCCGUGACCAGUAAAUUGGCCCUGAGGGAAAUUAAAAAAAAGGGGUAUAUAUUAGGUCAUUCUUAGCUUGCUAUAAAGUAAUACCUGAGACUGGGUAAUUAUAAAGAAAAGAGGUUUAACUGGCUCGUGAUUCUGCAGGCUGCUCCGGAAGCAUGAUGCUGGUAUCUUCUUGGCUUCUGGGGAGGCUCCAGGAAACUUACAUUCAUGGCAGAAGGUAGAGCGGGAGCAGCAGAGAGGAAGUGAGGAAGUGCCACACACUUCUAAACAACCAGAUUUCGUGAGAACCCACUCACUGUCAGAACAACAGCACUAGGAGGAUGGUACUGAACCAUUCAUGAGAAAUCCACCCUCGUGAGCCAAUCACUUUCCACUAGCACCACCUUCAACACUGGGGCUGAAACUUUAAUAUGCGAUUUGGGCAGGGAUUUUCAAAAAUAAGCAUAAUUGGAAUAAGACCAUAGUAUUGACAGAGAGAGGUCGUUGUUAAGAGCACAAGCUCUGGAAUCAGAUGGCCUGGGUUAAAAGUCUAGGUCUGCUAUUGACAGUUUUAAAUGAUUGAAUUUUUCUGUGCCUCAGUGUCCUCAUCUGCAAGCUGGGGAUAAUAACGGUGCUCAGGUCCUAGGAUUGUUGUGAGAUUAAAUGAGGUGAUACACGUCUGGUGCUGGGAACAGUGCCUGGCUGGCAUAUGGUAAGCACUCACUAGAUAAUAGUGAUUAUUAUUUCCCGUUAGCCUAAAGUUUCAAAGGAUUGUACUCAUUGGAAUGUAUCAAUUAUAUUGUGCACAUAUAGGAGGUUAUAGAACACUAGGCAGAUUUAACCUAAAGAAGACUCCUUCAAGGUAUUUAAUAAUCAAACUUCCAAAGGUCAAGGAUAAAGAAAGGAUCUCAAAAGCAGUAAGAGAAAAGAAACAAAUAGCAUGCAAUGUGGCUCAAUAAAUCUGGCAGCAGACUUUUCAGGUCUUAUAGGCCAGGAGAGAGUGGCAUGACAUAUUGGAAGUGCUGAAGGAAAAAAAACAAGAAAAAAACUUUACCUCAGAAUAGUAUAUCUAUGUAAACAUGAAGGAGAAAUAAAGAAUUUCCCAGACCAACCAAAGCUAAGGGAUUUCAUCAACACCAGACCUGUCCUACAAAAAAUCCUAAAGGGAGUUCUUCAAUCAGAAAUGAAGGGGCAUUAAUGAGCAAUAACAAAUCAUCUGAAGGUACAGAAUUCGCUGGUAAUAGUAAAUACAACAAAAAACAAGGAAUCUUAUAAACUGUAAUUGUGGCAUAGAAACUGUCUUACCCUAAGUAGAAAGACUAAAAGCUCAAUCAAGAAAAAUAAUAAUGGUGGACUGGGCAACUAGUAGAAUAGGGCCACACCCCUGCUAGGGCAUGUUCAAGGCCUUUAUUUCCUGUGUAAAAUAAGUGUUUUAUUUAUCUGUGCCUCCAACAUUUUGGUAUAUCUCCAGAGUAUCUUUUUGAAUUGUGAAAAUUAAAUCUUUCAGUUCAAUUGUGAAUAGGCUCAGUAUAUUUUGUGAAAGGCAGAAGCUAUAGUUUGUCUGGGUUGAGUUUUAUGCUGUGACAUUGGAAGACCUAGAAUUUUCCCCUUGGCAUCGUAAAGCCACAGGAAAUCUCUCAGCCUGACAGUCACUUAGUGGAAGUGCUGUUUUUUUUUUUUUUUUUGGAAGAAUAUCUGUGGAAUGAAACUGGGGAAAGGGAAGGAGAGAUGUUAGUGUUCAUCGUUUUACCUGUCCCUCAAGCAGAUAUUCCAGUACUUACUUCCCAGGAGCAGAUGACUUAGUUCUUUACCACUAGAAGAAUUCAAUUUAAUUUAGACACCCCCCCACCCCCCCACCCCCACCAUGGUAUUAGUCAAGUGUAGAAGAGUAAAGGGUUAGAAAACCCUGUGAUGCUUGUAAUGAGUCUCCAUCAGGUGCAUAGCAAGUCCCCAGUAUAAUGUACAAAGUCAGGGUAGAGCAGAGACCUGCCAGCACAGAGCUGCAGAACUCAAGGGAAAGGCCAUUGGGGCUGGGGUGGAUGCUCUGCCUUUCUGUAUAAUAAAUGUGCUGUAUUUAUGCACUAUGCACUACCUGAGAAUUAUACAAACAGACAUAUUUUCCUUAACUCAGACAUUAUGAUGGUAUAUGCAUAGAAGUGAGUCUGGUUGAUGGAUAAAAUGGUUACAAGAAAUCAGAAGAGAGGAAGAGAAAAUAAAGCAAUGUGAUUUGGGUAAACAGAGAACACAGAGAGUGGAGAAGUCAGGAUUCAAACGAUGGGAAGUAUGAAAGCCAUGUUACCAUAAUAGGGGCAAAAAAUUUCAAGAAAUGUUUUCAUUAUUUUGCAGGGUUACAUUAAUUUGUCUUAUUCUUGUGAAUGAGUUACUCCAAGUGACCUUACCAGCUAUAUAUCCCUUUACAUCAAUUUAUUUACUAUUAUUUUGCUAUUAGUACUUUCUUAAUUUUUGUAUUUAAUUUUAAUUAUUAAUUUUUUGAUCUUGGCAUUUCAGACUGUUCAUAACAACCCUAGAUGCAGUAACACAAUGCUAAUCAAAGAAAACCUUCCUUUGAAGUGCCAGAAAUUGUUUUCUCUAAAAUAGUAGAAUUUAGUUAGAAGGCCAGUAUUUUGAAAUUCAAGCAUCUCUUUGGAGAAGGAUUUUAAAAAAUACAUUUGAAAACAAGAUGAUAAACUGUUAAACUGUGAUAAUUUUGUGGCCUAAAAUGAAAUGUCAAAAUAAAGAUUUUAAAAUGUUAACUUUAUGUAACUUGGAUAUACAUUGAUAGUACUCAACCAUUUUAAAACCCUCAUUUUCACAGUAAGGUAUACUUUCAGGAUCGUCACAUUUUGCAGUUAAAUUUUGAAGAUUUUACAUAUAUUGGCCAAUUUCAUUUUAGUACUCUAGGGUCCCAGGAAGACCACAUCUAUUCCUCAAUAAAGCAUUUGCCUCUUAGUGUGUUCGGCUCUUCCUCACCUUAAUUCUUCUGAGUUCAUUUGUAAUUUUCAUAACAAAAAAUACUUUAUUCAUAAAUUUAGUACAUAAUGCCCAGAACUCCAGCAGUGAGAGAAGUAGUGAGAUGCCAGUAUACAUGUGUGCAUCUGUGAACAGUGGGCAUCUGUGCUGUGUGGCUGUCCCUUCCCCAGGAGCCAAGAGGACAUGGUGCGAACUCUAGACCUGAACUACCUAGGCUUAAUCCUGGAUAUAUACCUUCCUGUUUGACUUUGGGCAAGCUACUUAAUUUUUCUGGGCCUCAGUUUCCUUAUUUGAAAUUGAGGUGAGGGACAGUAAUGAUCAUUUUACAACAUAGGGGUGUUUUGAGGAUGGAGAAGAUAGUUGGAUGAAUGGAUGGAUGGAAGAAUGGAUGGUGAUAGGUUGAUCAAUUGCUUGAUAAAUAGUAUUAUCUGUAGUAUAGCAGGGAUUUAAUAAAUAUGACUUAUUGUCAGGCUGAAAGCAACAGCCUCAUUCUUUAGGAAAAUAUUUCUUCCCUGCCUUUACUCCAAGCACAUGAUUUUUUUUUUUUUUUUGAGACGGUUUGCGCUUCUUGCCCAGGCUGAAGUGCAAUGGUGUGAUCUUGGCUCACCACAACCUCUGCCUCUGGGUUCAAGUGGUUCUCCUGCCUCAGGCCUCCCAAGUAGCUGGGAUUACAGCCAUGUGCCACUACACCUGGCUAAUUUUGUGUUUUUAGUAGUGAUGGGGUUUCUCCAGGUUUGUCAGGCUGGUUUUGAACUCCCGACCUCAGGUGAUCCAUCCGCCUUGGCCUCUCAUAGUGCUGAGAUUACAGGCAUGAGCCACCGUGCCAGGCACUGAGCAUGUUAUUUAAAUGGCUUACACAUUGGCAAUACUCAAAGAAGUAUCAAGGCCAAAAGUCCCAUUGCUUUAGAGAUCCUGCCUCCCUGGCCUUACAUAGUGGAACAGCUCUAGCAUUCAUGUCCCUUUAGCCCAAAAUGUUAAAAGUAGAAGUGUUUUCUUGAUUCCAAUGUAACCAUUCAGAAUUCUUUCUUGAGAAUGUGUUAAGCUGAAGCUCAGUUAAAAGUUGAAGGUGGGAGGCAAAAGGCCCAGCAGUGUUUUGUGGCCAUGGUUGUAGCCAGGGAGGAAGUCAGUCUGACAGCAUGAAGUCAAUACUUAGAGAGAGUAAGAGAUGGAAGUGUCCAGCUCGAGAUUCCACGUUCUCAAGUCCCAGCUGCAGCUUUGCUCUUCCUGCACUUACAGGAACCUAUCAUUAAAAUCCUCUAUUUGUGUAACCUUGCUGGGUUUCUUUCACUUGUCUCUUAGUUUGGGUUGCCCUAAAGGCAGACCCUGAGACAAGAAUUGAAGGGCAAGUGUUUUAUUCGAGAGGUGAUCCUAGGAAACAUGAAGAAAAUAGGGGAAGUGAGACAGGGUAGGGAAAUAAGCAGAUAAAGGAUUUCUUCAGCAAGUUCCCAUUGUGGACAACUAGAGCUCAGAUCUGUUGAGGAACUUGGGAGCCAUUUAUUUGAAUACCCAAAAGGAGAGAGAGGGAUGUUUGUACACCUGCUCCUGCCAGUCACUGAGUAUGGUCUAUUUCUGGGGUACAGUAAUUUAUUAGCACUUCAGGCGGAUCAUGUUGCAGGCAGAGAAAGUCAAGGGAUUAAAGGAAAUCCUUAGACAAACCUGCAAAUGGUUGGAAUUCAGUCCAGUGUGCUCGUGAGAAGUAAGGGUCAGGGGAUGUUUAUAGGACACCUACAACAUCUGCUUUGAGUUAACAAUGAAAACAACUUUUGUCACAGUAGAGAUAUGGUUGUAGGGUGGCCUCAAAGUCUGUACAUGCCAGGUCAUCUGAAAAAAUCUAAUUUUCCCCCUAUGCUCUCUGAACAUAUUCUUCUAUGUUGACUAGUUGGAAGUCAUUAAAGAAGUCCCUGAAUUCUGUUUUUAGAUUUUCCUCACGGUUAGGUUGAGUUGAGAAUUUUUUCACCCAGUCACACCCACAAAGACUUUCUGCCUCCCUGUAGUUCUGGGCUGCUACUCCCUGCACCAACUUUGCAAACAAAAUAGCAAUGCCAGACCGAUGAGAUAAUGAUCAUUUAAAAAUAGAUGUGAUAGGCUGGUCGCGGUGGCUCAUUUCUGUAAUCCCAGCACUUUAGGAGGUUGAGGAAGGCAGAUCACCUAGGUCAGGAGUUCGAGAGCAGCUGGCCAAAAUGGUGAAACCCCAUCUCUACUAAAAAAAUACAAAAAUUAGCCAGGCAUAGUGGCACACGCCUGUAAUGUCAGCUACUUGGGAGGCUGAGGCAGGAGAAUUGCUUGAGCCUGGGAGAUGGAAGUUACAAUGAGCUGAGAUCCUGCCACUGCACUCCAGCCUGGCUGACAGAGCGAGACUCUCUCAAAAAAAAAAAAAGAAAGGAAAAGAAAAGAUGUGGUAGUAACAAAUGUAAAUCAGAAUAAGAAUAUUUUCCUGUGAGGGUCUCUAAUGUUUACAUAGAAGUUACUCAACUGUCUAUUUUUUAAAAAAUAUAUCAGUCUGCUGUUAAGGAGCAAGAAUACACAUUUUUAUGUGACUUCAUAUUUAGAGAAAGGCAUUUAUAUAAUUAUGCAUUGUAACUGAGAGAUUGUAUUAUCUUUUUUGUGAAAUCACCAUAAUUACUUUAUUUAGUUAUGUACUUGAAUUUUAAAGCUAGUGAUAUUUGGCUUGAAUACAAAUACAAAAUAUGUGAUAUCAAUCUAUAAUGCCAGCUGUUUUUUUUUCUACCAAAAAUCAUUACAGACAAGCAAAUGGCAGUUGAUGUAUAAUGAGAAAUUUCAAGGCUGUUGGAUCUGAAUUUAAUUUAUAUUUGUGACUCAGAGUAGGCAAUGCUGGAUAAUCAUUUGAUGGCUGGAAUGUAAUCACUGGGUGAACUUAAUCUAUUUGUUUAGUUGCCCAGACUCCUCACUGUAUUUACAGUUAAUUGGUUACCAUUAAGGUCCUCUUAAUAGAGACCAUAAAGCAGCAGGAUUAGAGACACCUGAAAAGGAACAUUUAGUUUGAGUCCUUUCUUAAAGCCAAGUUUUGACAUGUGCUCAUCUAUUUCAUUUUUUACCAUCUUCGUGACAGACUCAGGGAGAAAAAGACUCUCAGCAAGGUGCUUUAUGAAUUAUUUUUACUGCUUUGGCCUAUGAACAUUUCUAUGGCCAGAAAAUAAAAAAAAAAUCUAAUGUUCUUACAUAUAAUUGAAGUUUUCCUCUUAUGACUUGAAAUUCUUUUUGAAUUUUAGUGGCCAGGCAAAGCAACUG